CAGGAGGAAAAUCUCCAGGAAGCAGAGAGAAGAUCAGGGAAGGAGAGAAAACAAAACCCAGAAAUGCUGUGGCAGGGAGAGUUUAGAGAUGUGCAGAGGAUCCCCUCCAGUGCAGCCCCUCCCUCUGAACAAGCCCCCUCCCUCCUGUGCCCCCAGCCAAGCCUCUGCCCUCAGGACCGGGGCUCCAAGGCGUGCAGCCCCUCCUGUGCAGGCAGAGCUGCAGCAGAGCCGUGGGGCAGCUCUGCAGCCCCGGGCCCAGUUCCCUCUGCAGAGCACAGGGCUGGCAGCAGCUGCCCGGCACUCGGGGCUCUGGCAGGGGGCACAGCUGGCUCAGGGUGACACAGCUGUCCCCAGUGCCCGGCUCUGGGCAAUGCUGCCAGUGCAGCCAGGGAAGGAGCUGCACCUCCCUUCAUCCAGUGCCAUCAGAAGGACACUUGGAAGUCUCCCUGAGAUUUCAGUCCAAGCUGGGAGCUUCAAUCCAGGGUGCAAACCUGUCCUAGAGCAUCUCUGAUUUAUAAGAUUGAUGGGGAAAGGCAGAGGUGUUGUGACACUGAAAAUGCUGCUGGGUUGCUGAAAUGAGCAACAUGAGUCCUUGGAUCCAAAUGUGGAGCUGGGCUCUGCUGGAUCCAUCUGCUCUCAGUUGUACCUCAUGACAUUUUAGGGGAAGCAUGGGAAGGUGUUCAUGCUCCACCUGAGAGAGGUUAAAGCCCAGAGAAAGUCUGAACAGGUCAGAAUGACAGACCAUCUGCCCUCACUCUCCACUCCUCACUUUGCCUCACAGAAUUUGCUCUGUUCUCCCAGAGGGCAGCAGAAAUGCUGAGGGUUUCUGAUAUCCAAGAAUACCAGCAGAGAUACAGGCAAGCAUAUAAAGAAAACCCCAGAACUCAAAAAUACUAAAGACAGUGUCAGUGUGUUCCAAGGGAGUGUAUAUGGGAAAUGGCUUUGAUUUUGGUUACAGGUAUCUCCUCUAAUUCUUGACUGUCCUUUCUCCAUGAACAGGUGCCCAUGUGCAGCCCCAGCAAAUGUCCAACAGCAGCUCCAUCAGCCACUUCCUCCUGCUGGCACUGGCAGAGACGCGGCAGCUGCAGCUCCUGCACUUCUGCCUCUUGCUGGGCAUCUCCCUGGCUGCCCUCCUGGGCAACGGCCUCAUCAUCAGCGCCGGAGCCUGCGGCCACCACCUGCACACGCCCAUGUUCUUCUUCCUGCUCAACCUGGCCCUCAGCCACCUGGGCUCCAUCUGCACCACUGUCCCCAAAGCCAUGCACAAUUCCCUCUGGGACACCAGCACCAUCUCCUACACAGGAUGUGCUGCACAGUUAUUUUUCUUUCUCUUCUUCAUCUCAGCAGAGCUUUCCCUCCUGACCACCAUGUGCUACGACCGCUACGUGUCCAUCUGCAAACCCCUGCACUACGGGACCCUCCUGGGCAGCAGAGCUUGUGCCCACAUGGCAGCAGCUGCCUGGGCCAGUGCCUUUCUCAAUGCUCUGCUGCUCACAGCCAAUACAUUUUCCCUGCCCCUGUGCCAUGGCAAUGCCCUGGGACAGUUCUUCUGUGAAAUCCCCCAGAUCCUCAAGCUCUCCUGCUCCAAAUCCUACCUCAGGGAACUUGGGCUUCUUACUGUUAGGGUGUGUUUGGCAUUUUGUUCUUUUGUGUUCAUUGUUUUCUCCUAUGUGCAGAUCUUCAGGGCUGUGCUGAGGAUCCCCUCUGAGCAGGGACGGCACAAAGCCUUUUCCACCUGCCUCCCUCACCUGGCCGUGACCUCUCUGUUCUAUAGCACUGGUAUAUUUUACUACCUGAAGCCACCUUCUGUCUCCUCCCCAUCCGUGGAUCUGGCCCUGUCAGUUCUGUACUCGGUGGUGCCUCCAGCCCUGAACCCCCUCAUCUACAGCCUGAGGAACCAGGAGCUCAAGGCUGCAGUGUGGAGACUGAUGACUGGAUGGUCUCAGGUACAUUAAACCGCAGGCCAAUUACUGCCAAUCACUUACAAUAAAAGUCAUCUUUCAUAAAUCUUGUUGGUUUCAUGUUGGAGUUUCUUUUUCUUAGUUUUGAUUUUAAAUAUUUAGAUGAAUAAAGAAAUGUCGCUUCUUGUGCCAUUUUUCAUUUUCUUUCCCUCCACCUUCCCUGUGGCUACAGACUGUGUCAAUGAGGGGCUGCGCUCUCAGUGGCUUUAAAGGAACUCAAGGAUCUCCCAGCAGAGUUUUCUGCAGAGCUGCCCUUUUGUUGCCUUCUCUGGAGCUGCA